UCUGACACAGGUCCAGCUCACUGGCAUGAGAACUUCCCACAAGCCAGUGGGAAACGCCAAUCUCCUAUCGAUAUCAAUACUUCAAUUACCAGUUAUGAUAAAGCUCUUGCUGACAGAUCGUUGAAGAUCAGCUAUGACCCUAAACGUACCAAAGAACUCGUCAACAACGGGCAUACCUUCAGAGUGGAUAUUGAUGCGUGUGACUAUAAUCUGAGCGGGGGUCCAUUAGAAGACAACUAUCAGCUCGUUCAGUUCCAUGCUCAUUGGGGAAAGGAAGACAAAGAAGGUGCAGAACAUACCAUCGAUGGCAAACAGUACGCAGCUGAGAUUCACCUUGUUCAUUGGAACACCGGACAAUUCAAGACCGUCAAUGACGCUAUCAAAUGUGAUAAGGGCAUCGCUGUGCUUGGAUCAUUUAUUAAGGUUGGAAAGCCACAUGAAGGUUUUGAAAAGCUGGUGCCUUGCUUGAAGAAGGCUCUUAACAAGAAUUGUACUGCAACUGUGGAGGGAGGAUUUGAUCCCAGCUGUCUGUUACCAGAAAAUAAAAAGGAUUACUGGACGUAUGAGGGCUCCCUCACCACACCACCUUGCUACGAGAGUGUCACUUUCAUUCUCUUCAGAAACCCCAUAGAAGUCUCGGAACAGCAGCUUCAAGUACUUCGUGAGCUACAAGAUCAUUGUGACGGCGAGACUCCAGAGGGCCCAGGUAAACUGGUCAAUAACUACCGUCCACUCUGUGAUCUCAAUGGACGAGUCGUCAGGGCUACCUUCCAACAGUAGAUACAGUGGAGGUAUAUCCUGAUGGAACUGUAUAGGGCACACAUUAGUAAUUAAGACUCCCAUUUACUCACAUGUCAAAUCUAAGCUCAUUAAAAAAUCAUUAAAAAUCAAUCUUCUGUAUUUACCAAGAUUUACAGUACAACAGAAAUGAACUACUUAAUCAGGUACUUGUCCAGCUCAAACAAAAAUGAUAUAACCUGAAACAAGACUAACAAUAAUUUGGGUCAAUUCAAAGCAAGAAAAACCAUAACUGCUUUGCUCACAAUAAUAAAUGAAAUAUAAUACAAAAAUACAGCCUAGCUUCUUCAAAGGCCCAAUUAUGAAAGGGUAUGAAUAUGAAAUUGAUUUUAUCAUUUAUAAUUUGAUAUACAAUCAUUUUGUCUAAUUUCAAUGAAUUAUUUCACUAAAUAAAGUCAUGUGAUCUUUCCUUGCGCCUGUCCAGAAUGCAUUGCGUGUGGAAGAAAUAUUAAUGUGUGCCCUAUAUGGCGUUAUACUUUCACUGAUCUUACAGAUGAAACCCUUCGUAUUACCUUUCUUACUUUUAUGGUGGUACAUUUUGUGUUUGUUUUCUUUCUCAUAUAUGGGGCAUAAUGCAUGCUAUUACAUUCUGAAAAGAGAUAAAAUCUCAGAUGCAUAAUUCCUUUGCUUGAGUUUGUUUUCUUUAAGUUUGUAAAUUUAGGGGUUUAUGUUGCCAUUUAAUCUCAAAUAUGAUAAGGGAUAAACUUUAGUAAUUAUUAUUUCAUUUCAGUAACAGAAGAAAUUUAUUUAAGUGAAUAGGUGCUUUGCCUUGAUUUGUGAUUUAGAUAACCAAAUCAAGAGAAGGUAUUUAGAUUUGUAUUUUCCCCUUAAUCUAGAACAAAAUUUAUGUGCAAUUUUUAGGUUAUGUUGAAAUAAUUGAUUAAUCUGAAUAAAUAUUAAUGGUUGAGAAUGAAACAAUAGAAAAUUAGAGCUUGGCUAAUGGUGCUUUACUAAUUAUAUAUGGAUCCUUUCUUGUACUUAGUCACAUAAACCAUCACUGUCUUCCCUUUGCACCUUGUAUUAGUGCACAAUAGCAAAGAUUAUAAAUAUAUGAGAGAAUAUAAAACUUGCAGUUUUGAUAUGACACAAUACGAAGUUUUGUCUCAUUUACCUCUCAGAUGUGUCAACUCUACCAUGCAAUAAAACCCCAGAAACCUUGCUCAAUUUAGUCAAGUCAAAGAUAUUAAUUGUUGUUGAUUGAAAAGUGAUCAUGAAAUUAUAAAGUAAUAUUGGUGUUUAGAUCGGAAGGUGUUUUAUUUCUAUAAUAAUGUAUGCAUUUAUUGUUGAAGUGAUUUGUUGUAAUAAUAAUAUAUUGUAUGCAUUUAUUGUUGAAGUGAUUGGGUGUAUAAAUGAAAUGUAUAUGCAAACAGAUGAGUAGUUUAUUUAUUUAUAGAUGGAUAUUUUCUUAUGAUAAGUAUAGAAUUAAUGUAUGAAACUUGCUGUUGUUGCCACUUUAUAGCACCGGGAGUCCCAGCUACAGAGAGAAAAGAUUCUAAUAAGACUUUCUGAAAAAUUACAGAGUGAGGUUAUAUCGCUGUAUCUGUAUGUAUAUUCAAUAUUGACAAUCAUUGUAGUACAUAAUAGGUAUGCACUUGAAAUCUUAUAUCACAAUAUGCUUUUGUAUGUAAACCAUGUAUUUCAAACUUAAAAUAUUGGGCAAGCAAUCUAUACUUUGUUCAUUAAUGAAUGAUCGAUCACAGUCAGAUUUAUCAAUAGAUUUGGCAGAUUGAGUACAUAAAGAUUAAUAUUCCAUUUUUGUUGAUCUCACAUAUAUCUAUAUUCAUUUACAUUUUGACCAGUAUGGUUUUGUUUCAAAUGAAAUAUUCUAAUAUUAAUUCAAUUUUCAAUGCUGCUUACCAAUAAUACAAAACAAAUAUAUUCAGUGCAAAUUAUAAAUUAUUCAUAUUAUUUAUCAUAUUUCAAAUAAUUAUGUAUAUAAUUUGCUACUGGUUCUUGAUCAUGCCGAUAAAUUUGAAAGUGAAAUUCUUUAUUGGAAAAGAAUGAUUUUCAUAUAGUGUUUAAUCAGAGACUGCAUUUACAUUGAGAAGUUAGAUAUGUAUAUUUUGUACUAAAUCAUAUUAUAUAUUAUCAAUUUUCAAACCAAAAUAUAUGAAUUUAAGAUUAUGCUUUGUUUAACAUUAUGGCAGAUAUAAUAAUAAGUCUUAAAAUAUAGGUGCUAUAUUUCCUUAGUUGAAAUGAUCGGUUUGAUUAAGCCAUCAUACAUAAUACCCUUUGAAUAUCUGAUCAAUGUGUUCUAAUGAUUGAAUUUGGUAUGAAGUACCAGCUGGAAAUAAUGAAAAUACUCGAAGCAUUUUUGUUUUUGUAUCAGAUUCUAACAAUCAUGUCAAACACCAUAUUGAUGACCUUUUAGUGACACAACGUUUGCUCCUGCGGCAAUUGCUACGGUCUUAAUAUCUCAGAGGGCAUAGGGUUAGAGUUAGGAUUGUAAUAGAGUUUUUGGUUCAGAAUAAUGUAAAGAUAAGGAUAAGAGUUUAUUUAGUUUUGGAGGUUAGGUUUUCAUGUUUGGUUAACGUGCAGAUUUUUCCAUUGGAGCAAUUGUUGUCGGAGCAGAUGUCAUUGAAGCGACCUUUAAAACUGAGAUACAUGAUUUCAUAAUGCCACUGAAUCAAUGUGUGGUUCAGUAAUGCAAAGGUACAUUUGACAUCAAUCAUUGAUUAUGGGUAGUUUACUUGAUAUCCAUCCAAGUUAUUAUUAUUACAAAUUAUGAUUAAUUUAAGGAGGUGUUUCACAAAGAGUUAAGUGUGACUUAUGGGGUGUUGCAAGAAACUUGCGAUCAAUUGCAAGUCUUUUGUGGGCCCUGAAUCAAUCAUAUAUCUUGCAAUUAAUUACAAAUUUGUAAUUGAUUGCUAAUCUACUCUUUGAAACAAGGAGUGCAAUCUGAUUUGCUACAGUCAAAAGUGAUCAAUCAAUUGUAAAAUUGCAACAGAAUAUUUGACAUUGAUUGCAAAUAUUUUCUUGCAAUAUCCCUUAGGGUCAUGUUUAAACACCAACGCGCAUAUGAUAUUUAAUGUACGAUAUGAUUUGAGGAUACACAGUAGUUGUGCUCCCCGUGUGCAAGACCUGACCAAUGCGCUAUGUGUUAUUAUGCCGCCGGCAACUUAAAGUUAAGUGUGACUCUAAGUCACUCUUAAAUCUCUGUGAAACACCUCCAAUGACUUAUAAAAGCAAACUUAACUUACAUGGUAGAAAGGCAUUAUAACAAGGUAAUAUCCCUCUUUGAACUAGGUAAUUAAAUUAUAUAUCCAAGGCUGAAUGUAUGAAAGACAAGCAAAAUAUUUAAAGUGGAUAACAUUGAUGGUAUAUUGUAUCCAGGGUAAAAUAAAGGUACACUUUGGUAUGAUACUAGACUAGAUAUGAUAUAUCUAUGGUUUACUUUUAUUUGAUUUUUUUCAGAAUUGACAGGUCCAUAUUUGUAUCAAGCUGCUUGGUUUGAUUGUAAGGAUUUGUAAUGACAGAAUAUUUAAAUAUUCAUUUUAUAGUGCAAUUGUCCAGUUAUAGACAUUCCUUUCAUCUCGGGAGCUUGUUAACAGACUUAUUAUUGGAUCAUGCUGUAAUGGUAAAAGUGCUGGAACCCUUGUAUUUAUUUGCAUAUUAUAUGUAUAAUAGAGUUGUAUAAUGGAUAUGCACAAAUGCAAUCAAACAUGUGGCGACUCUGAAUUUCAGUAUGUUGAAGGAAUUUCAAGAGAGAAUCUAGGGACAAUACAUAAGAAUAAAAGAAAAAAAACAUA